AUGGCAGCGCUUCCAGAACGAGAGUCGACAGCCAUGAGCCCAAUGCAGUAUGCUGCUGCUGUGAAGAGGCAUGCAGAUGCUCGAAGAUGGGACGCGGCUUCCUGCCUCCUACACCAAAUGUGGUGCAAUCAUUUCCUCGCAUCGAUCCAAACCACCGAUGCCGUUCUGAAUGCCUGCGGUAGGGCCAAGAAGUGGGAAGCAUGCCUGGACCUCUUCGACGAGAUUGAGCACCGCGGGCUCGUAACAGAUAGGAGUUUCAGCAUCGUCAUCAAUGCCUGUGGCAAGGCCAGCAAGUGGCAACACGGCCUGGACUUGUUCAACAGAUUUGAGGGUGGUACAGGUCGAGGCCGGGUGGCAGCGGACUCAGACGAGGUAGUAGUUGUUCAGUAG